AUGCCGGAGGUCUCCCGAAGGACAUUAUGGGGUCUCCGAUCCAUUUUGAGAGAUAUCUUUGUGGACACGUUGUGGUACUCUCCCGAUUCGUCUGUGUUUUUCGACAGGUCACAUUCUAGGUUCUAAAAUCAAAUUUGAUUCAUUCAAAAUGCAAUGAAGAAUCAAUAUUUUUGCAAGUUUGCAAGUUUUUAUAGUUUUCUUUGCUAUUAUAUCCCGUUUUUCUUGAAUUUUCACAGUCACACCUGUCUUUUUUGUUUUCCCUCCUCUUCCAGUUCAUAGACAAAUGGAAACAGUGCGUAAAUAAGGAAAAGCCGACGAGAAAAGGUGGUUCUAAAUGUUUUCAACGGAUACUUGAAAAAAAUAAUUUCGGUUAGAGCGCCAAAAAAACAUCGAGGGAGCAGCAAUAAUAAAAACAACUUUAGAGUAGAGAAAAAACCAAAAUAAGUUUAUCCUUUUCUGAAAAAAUUAAAAUUGAAAGAAAUUUCUCUCAAUUGCAAUUUUUUGAAUGCAUCAGCGAAUGCGUCGCUGUGCAUAAAGACGUUGAAACUAUCGUAAAAUAACGUGAAAAUAUAUUCAUACUCGCCCCUCUCUCGGGAAAUUUUUCACAAUGUUAAUAUAUUUUAGCUACCUUUUCUAUUUUUUCAUGCUUUUCGCUGUCCUUCUCUUUUUUUCACGCUAUCUUGUGGCAAAUUUACAAAGAUUUUAAAAUUGAGUCCGAAAAAAUCUUUUUUGCUUCUUUUUCGCGCCUCUACGUUUUUUUUGCUCAUUUUUCCAAUUAUUCUGGAAAAUACAUUAUUGACAAGCUAUCUUGCCAUUAAUGAAAAAGUUUAGAAAUAAAUUUGUAAUCUUUAAAUAUAUAGUUGCACGGGGCUUCGUAUCAGUUUCAUCCAACUUAAUUCGCGUUCACUAUCUUUUUACCUUUGAUCGAAGUUAUUCAUGAUAUCUACGCGAAUCAAUUGUCUUCAAGAACGACUAUUAGUUUUGAAAUAGCUACUUCAAAAUAUUUUUUUGUUUUUGAGUGGUUGCGGUGGGGUUAUCGACUGCGACAUCCACUCCUUCUUCAACCCUAUUUUCUCUCGUUGUCGCAUUGCGGUCUCGAAAACAAGGCGUUUUUUUGGCGGCCGGUGCCUUUUUUUAUCGAUUUUCUGUUUUUCUGACCUGUACGGAAUGCAUUCACAUAAUUAAAAAAAACUUGAAAGUACCACAAAUGAUUUAGAUUCAAUCGUAAAAGUUUCACAGAAAUGAAUUUCGUGGUUCAAUUUUCCGUCUCACAAAGAUUACAACGCAUUCUUCUCUAUUUCUUUUCUGUUUGCUUUCUAACCGCUCGCGGAAACUAUUGUGCUCUUUUUCCGUGUCAACUUAGAGAGACACAAUGCGUAUACUUUUUUUUAUUUUAUAAUACUUUUUUAGUUCGCAAAGAACUUAAUAUGAAGAAACUUUUUGAAUUCGUUUUCCCGUUCAAAAGCAAUACAAUUUUGAUAUUGAUCAAAUUGUUAUUUAUUAAUUUUUUCCAAAAAAAAAUUAGCUUAUCGAACAAUUUUUUGAAAGAAGUUCAUAUAUGAUUCUUUACUUUGUCAGUAAACCUUAGAAUAUAUUUCUAUGAAUUUGUAUGAAUAAAAUAAAAUGUUCAUUUCUACCGAUAAAGUGUCAAAUAGAAUCUUCAAUCCGAGAUCAAAUAUUAACAUGCAAAAAAAAAAUUGAUAGAAAACUUGACUGGAACACAUUUUGUUUUUUUUUUCUGUCUAGAUAAGCUUAUAUGCUUUAUUUUCUUUAUUUAGCAGGUCGUUUCAUAUUUAUGCUAUCAGUAAGUGAUUUUUUCGAUUUGAAAUUUAUGAAUUCAAGGUCCUGCGGGCCGCUUCUUGGCGAACGUCUCCGCGUGGGCUCCAGAAGCAGCCAUGGUUGACGAGAACAAUACGAUUCGCCUGGGUCGCGUCAUCUGCGAUUUCAUCGUCCUUUUGUUCGUCGGUGAGUUUUUUUACACGUCUUUUUUCAUGUCGUAAUAUUUUCCGAGUUAUUUGCGCUAAGCCUGUGAAAUCACUGAAAAUGUUCAUUGCCAAAAGAAGUAUAUCUUUGCAAAAGAUUUGCCAAAACUGAUUCUGACAACGCAGUUCGUUUGAACAUUUCAGCGGCGCCGUUGUUGAUCUUCCACGAAUGGGUCGUGCCGUACAAACGAGGCUUCUACUGCGACGACGAGACGAUCCGAUAUCCGUACCGGCCGUCGACCGUCACUCGCCAGAUGCUCAUCGUCGUUGGUCUUCUGAUUCCCAUUCUCUUGGUCAUUUCUGUUUUCUUUUCUUUUUAUAAUGUCAUCUUUUCAGAUUCUAGCCACAGAGUUGUUCCGCGCGAUCGCUUGGGAGCGCAAGUACGAAGGCCAAUUCAAAACUUAUCAUGUUUGUUCAAUUUUCAACUGAUCUUUUUUUGACACCCCAGUGGAUCUGUCAAAUCAGCUUUUAGGUGCGAAACCACUCGGUACACCGGCUACUCGUCCGUCUCUAUUGCUUCAUCGGUACAAAACCACAUAUUUCGUAUAUUAAAUUUUUUUUUCAGGGUACUUUUUCGUCGGAGUUUGCUUCAACCAACUGAUGGUGGACAUUGCCAAGUACACGAUCGGACGACAAAGGCCGCACUUUAUGGACGUCUGUCGCCCAAGCCAAGGAUAUCUUCAGGUAUUCAUUUUUAGACAAAAAGAAGAAGAGAGACAGCUCCUUGAAUUUAUAAUGAGUAGGUGAGGCCAGACGUUUGAUAAUCUCUUUAGACGCUGUUUUUAGUUCAUUCGAGAUUUUCUUCAAAAUGGUUUUUCUGUUUCUAAUUGAGAGAAAAAUGGCUUUCAGUGCGUCAACCCGGACCUCUACAUCACGGAUUUCAACUGCACGACGUCCGACCUGAAGCUGAUCCACGAGUCUCAGCUCUCCUUUUACUCAGGACACGCCGCCUUCAGUUUUUACGGCGCCUGGUUCACCUCGGUAACUUUUGACACCAUUCUGAAAUAAACUUUAAACUGCGUACUCUAAAAAGCAAGAAAUGAGCGCAGAACUCUUUCAAAAGAUUUCUUCAGCUUUACCUGCAAGCUCGUCUUUUCCGGCCCCUCUUCUCGCGUCUUCUGAUUCCCGUCAUCCAAUUCCUUCUUUUUGGCGGCGCCGCCUACGUCGCACUAACCAGAGUUCGUUGCGAAUCUUGAAUUACCCUGAAAUGUUUCGAAAACCCUUUCUUUAGGUAUCUGACUACAAGCACCAUUGGUCAGACGUUCUCGUUGGCGCUCUCAUGGGCAGUGCCAUUGGAAUCUUCGUGGUGAGAUCAUUUUUCGAAUGACAUUUGUUUUAUGAUCCACAAUUUGCUAUGCUUCUUAUUAGGGAUUUACUUAUCAAACCGAUGUUUUUUUUUAUUCAAAAAAAAAUUCAGAUUUUCGCUGUUUCUGUCAUGAAUCAUUGAAAUUAUUUGCGGUUCAUAGGUUCAAAUCGGUUGGGUUUCACAAAAUUUCAAAAAAAAAUCCAUUCUGGAGGAGCAAAUAUAAAAACUGGCUGUUUGAAUAUUUUUAUCUUAUCAGAUCUUUCGUAGGCAUUCUUCGUCGCCGAAGUGUUCAAACGACGGGAAAUUCCAUCAUCGGUUCCAGUCAACGACUUUGGAUUGAUUCGGUAACAUUAACUGGCAUCAUGAACUUUUAAAGAGAAUCGUUUGGCGAAUGUUCCAAAAGACGAUAUUUUCUUGGUUUCUUUUUGAUUUACUAAUUUUUUCUGGUAGAUUUAAUGUUACUUAACAUGCUUCUAUCAUAUUUCAAUUUGCCAAAAACUUCAGAAGGCAUUUCAAAAGUUUUUAAGAUGAACAUUUGUAAAAUUCUGUAACUUAAGGGAAUUUUUCGGUCCAAAUUUCCAUUACUAUCAAAGUCGGAUAAGCGUAAUUAAAGCAUAUAAAUGUUUUUUUCAUUUUUUUGAAUAGGUGGAGGACAAGCUUCAAUACAGGAUUUUGAGAAUUCUUGUCAAUGAAAUCUGUUGAUCUUUACAUCAAAAACGAAAUCCACGGGGAUUUACUUUCAUUUUAAGGGACAUUUUUACAGAAGCAAAAAUCAAAAAAUGUUUUCAACAUUUGUUGAAAAAUGCUUGAAGGGAAAAUCGGCUCUUGGUGCAUCAUAAUCUCAGACCGAAAGUAUAUAGUUUGCACAAUAUGCUUUUUUGAAACUAAUCAAUCUAAAAAUAAGACCAAAUUUUUGAGAAAAGAUUCGAGAUCUCGAUAUUUCCAGGCAAGAAAAGAUGAGGCCGCUUGGGCCUUCGGUAAACGACCACACGAACGGAAGCAAUGUGGUGAGCACCCAAUCCGUCAUCAUCACCAACGAGGUCGACCCCGCCAACCAACGGCUGUGAGUUCCUCUUCCAGUCACCAUCGUCAAGCCUAUAAACGGUUCAAACUGUCUGUGAAUUUGAACCAAUGCUGACUUCACUUGGUUUUGAACCCUUUAUAAGCUUCUGGAAAUGCUCAUCAGUGUAAUUUUUCACCUUUAAACCUGUAGAGUAGGGUUGGAUGGGAAAAGACUAUGAAAUAAUCGGAGAGGAAUCUCUUCAAAAAGAAAAAGGGACAAAACAGUAGAAGUCUGUUUACUGGCUACCCUUCUCCGGUGAGAAAAUCUUUUUCUCAUAUGAGGAGUCAUUUUACCGUUCCUACUGGAAUUUUCUGUAAAUUUGCUGAAACACUCUUUGAUGGACCGGAAAUCGAUCCCACAUAUUGGCUAUCUGCGCAAACUUUUCGUUUUGGAGAUAUGAAUUUUUGAAGUUAUCGUCGGUUAACACGUGACCUUGAUGUGAAGGAAUGUGGCCGCACUGACAACCACCGAGUGGCAGAUAGGCGCGUGGCGCAGUGAGUAGCGACGUAGACUGCGGAGCCUAUGACGAAAGUUCGAAUCCUUUUGCCGCUAACUUUUUUGCCGAUCUUUUUUUUUUGAAGUUAUGAUGAAACUACGAAAUUUUUAGGACUAAACACGUUUCAACCAAGUUCGAUAGCUUCAGAAUAAAAUUAAUACCAAAGUGCACUUUUAUGUAUAAAUGAGAGCUAUCGAACUUGGUUGAAACGUGUUUGGUCCUAAAAAUUUCGUAGUUUCAUCAUAACUUCAAAAAAAAAUCGGCAAAAAAAAGUUAGCGGCAAAAGUAUUCGAACUCUCGUCAUGGGCUCCGCAGACUACUUCGCUACCGACGGCACCACGCUCCUAGCUGCCAUUCGGUGGUUGUGGCGCGGCCACAUUCCUUCGCAACAAGGUCACGUGUUAACCGAUGAAAACUUUAAAACUUCAUAUCUCCAAAACGAAAAGUUUGCGCAGAUAGCCAAUAUGUGGGAUCGAUUCCCGGUCCAUCAAAGACUGUUUCAGCAAAUUUAUAGAAAAUUCCAGUAGGAACGGUAAAAUGACUCCCCAUGUCAGAUUUAUCUCCCAAUUUAUUUUCGUGGUUUUCGUCCACCCAACUCGGCUGUAGAACACGCUUCUGUUAACUCUGUAACAAUUGACCAUCAAGCUUUUAUUUAUUUACAUCAUGAACUGGGCUAUGCUUGUCAAGAAAUAACGCUACAUGUGUUAUAAUUUAAGACAUAAUUUGAACGAUUUCGAAUUCUGCUAGGGAUUUGUUCUUGGUAAAAGGUACGAUGGAAUAACCGGGGCUCUGGCAUGGCUCAUAAUUCAAGCCAUUCAUUUCGGUUCGCGGUUUCCUAACUACUCGCCGACUUGUCCGUCCUCUGCUUCCAACUGGGGCUUAAGGCUUCUGCGCUAAUUCUCCUCUUCCUUCUCCUCCUCCUACUCCUCUGUUUUCUGAACUUCUUGAAAUUUCUCUUAUCAUAUUCGUUUACUGCAUCGGUUCAAGUGGAAUGCAUGAUUUUGACAACCCUCUGGUGCACGGCUAACUGUCAUUUAUGUGGAGAAGGUCGCCGUAUGAACUGCGAUUGAUAGUUCAGAGUGCCGCGGACGCCUCAUCUCACCCUCGUCUCGCCAAGAAGCCAGCAAAGCAGCUUCAAGUCGGGCGCAGAGCCUUUUGUCAACGAGCUGCGGCUUGAUCCAUUGAUUGCUGUUAAAAUUUAGUCGUUUCCUCCUCUGUUAUUGUUCCAGGGUGGACCAUUCUCCUUCCCAAAACUUAGUUUCUCUUUUUGGUUUUUUUUUUCGAAAAGCCUUUUCUAUCCAUUAUGUAUCGCAUGUUUUUAUAGGGCCACAGUUUUUUUCAUAUAAUGCAUCCAAAAACGGCUUUUUUUUCGGGUUUUCGAAGGCGUGCCGAAAAACAACAACCGAAGGGCUUGACGUUUUUCUUUUCAAAUGCGUUCCAUAGCUAAACAGUUUUGUUGUUACUGAAAAUGAUAAGCUGUUUAUGGAUACACAGUGAAGUCUGUUUGCGAACUGUAUGUAGUGAGAGGUUUCAAAUGUUUAAAACUCAUCUUGAAAUUCCAAAGAAAGAAUCUUGAAUGCGGUGACUCGUUGUGAAAUUUGCUGUCUUUCCAUUUUUUUCUCGUUUUCUUUUCGUGUUGUGUGAAUGCUUUCCGUUCCAACAACAGUUUGAUGUCCUUGUGCUUUUGGCCGUUGCCCGCAUCCGCUGGACCAACUCUCUUGUCUGGAUUUCAGUCUCUGGAAACAGCCUUCGCCUCUGGCCUACGACCGAACAGAGCUCACCGAAAUGCGUUACAUGGACCAUUACUGAGACGUCUCAAAAGGGGCUUUCUCUCCUUUUUUGUCGUUCUUUGCUAUCUGCUCAAUGGUGAACCGCACGGAUGUUUCGUACACAGUUUGCAUUUUUCUUGUUCCCUGCAUUUCUAUAUCUAUUUUAUUUUCUAAUAUACUUGUCUUGAACUGUUUAAUUGUUUGUUUUUCGACAUUUCUAUUUGAAUUUUUCGAUUUUCUCUGUUAAUUACUGUUAAACAUUUAUUUUUAAAUGUCUCUAGUUCCACUUUUCCAAUUUCUCUCAUUUUCGAUGCUGCCACGCCAAUUUCUUUUUAGUUCGUCUUUGUUCUGUUAGAAGUGCGUAGUUCGUCGUUUAUUUAUUUUCUUUUUGUCAGAAAAAGCAAAUCGAAAAUGUUGUAGAGCAGCGAACCGCGUUGGGGCCGCUGACCAACAACCGCCCCAUUUCAUUCAAGUCAACCGCCUUUGACUACGGACCCAUCGUGUGGAAAUGCCAAUUUAAAUGUAGAUUGAUGUAAUAAAUCUUUCUGGAUUUCUAAUCGAAGCUCCACAGCGGCGUGCGAAUAGCCUUUGAGUUAGUGGAUCGUUCUGAGCCUUUCUAACCUCCAUCGCUUGUAUAACGGAAGCCUGUCGGUCCUUGUCUUCAACGUCUUCUUCUUCUUCUUGUUGCGCUUGUCCGCCCCGAAACUCGCGGUGAAGAACGUUUUUGCAGUAGCCGAGUGAGCACGUCGUUCACCGACGGAAUCUCGUUUUACUCGGCUCUGGCUGACUGGGACGCGACCUCCGCCGGCGCUCUCAGUGGCCGCACCGACUACAUGUCGCUGCGGUCGGACCCUUCCUGGAUGAGUGCCUCCUUUGACUCUCAACCCGCUCGUCUUUGA